AUGAGCGAACCAGCCACGCCCCCAAUCUAUCCUCGGUAUUGCUUUCAUCUUGCGCCAACCGUGAACCAAUGGUGCCUCUUUCGUGUAACCGAUAUCCAUAACCUUGGCGAAAACUUCUACUUCUAUGGGAAUCUACCCAUCAAAUGGGUGCGUGUAGUCGGAUUAGUCGUCGCCAUUGACGACUUCGCAAGCCGACGCGUGUAUACAAUAGACGACAGUAGCGGCUCAUGUAUCGAGUGCACCAUUUCCAUACCAAUAUCUGGUGAAGAUGAUAGUCGCGCGACAACAGGAGAUGCUGCUCCGAAGAAAGCGGAUAUUGACCCGCCUCAAAACCCAGACCCAUUCCCAAAUAUUGAUGUCGGAUGCGUUGUCGACGUCAAGGGAGGUUUAUCUACUUUCAGAGAUGAGCGGCAACUCACCAUUGAGAAGAUGACCAAGGUACGAGGCACUGCGCAAGAGGUUACUCUCUGGGAAAAAAGGGUCAAAUUCAAGUCCGAGGUUCUUGACAAACCAUGGGUGCUACGAAGCAGUGAAAUCCGAAGAUGUCGAAAAGAAGCUGAACGAAGUGAAGAGGAAGUGGAGAAGAAACAAAAACGCAUCAGAGCAAUGGUAGAACCUCGAGCAUCGAAGCAGACAUCAAAGUCCGCGGGCCAUGCUGAACAGCCCAUCCGGCAGCAGAAGCCGCACAAAGAAAUGCGGCUGGACCUUCGGCAGAUUCUUGAACAGGGUGGAAGAGGCAAAUACGAUGCGCUAGGAUUGUGA